AGUUGCCUGCGCAGGAGUCUACCGCGAACAUCUCCGCUCUUUUCCUGUUGGUUGUACAAUUGUGGAUUGUGAUUAUUAUUAUAUAUAUUUCUGUGGUGAUCUUUGAACCUUUGAAGUGUUAUCAAAAAGUUGUGUGUUUUGACUGUUAUUUUGAACGAGUGCUACGGAGAAACGUGCUGACCUCCAAAUUGAAGCAGCAAAAUUUGUGUGCAAAAAAAGGGUUAUUUGAUUAGAAUAAGUGACAUUUGAGCUAGUUGAAAAUGUAUGGCCGACAAGAAUCUCAAGGGCCAACCCUGAAGGAGGGUGGAGCCUACAUCAUGGAAGGACACGAAUCUGCCGAGGCCAAGAAUGUCAGCAUCAUCUUUUCGCCGGUUCAGGAAGAGGCCGGAGCGUUGGCCAAGAUGCUGAAGGUGUUCGAGGAUCAUCAGGUCAACCUGCUGCACAUCGAGUCCCGCUCGUCAACGCGUGGACCCGGGUACGAGUUCAUGGUCGAGUGCGACAGCAAGUGCCAGAAUUUGAGUGCGGCCAUCGAGACGGUUCGCGAGAAGAGCGACUACUUCAACAUCAUCUCUCGGGACUACAAGGAUAAUGAGGCUACUGUGCCAUGGUUCCCACGUCGUAUUCGUGAUCUUGAUCGAUUCGCCAACCAAAUCUUGUCCUACGGAGCGGAGCUGGACUCCGACCAUCCUGGAUUUACCGACGAGACUUAUCGCAAACGUCGCAAGUACUUUGCCGAUAUCGCGUUCAACUACAAACACGGUCAACCCCUUCCACACGUGGACUACACUGAAGAGGAGACCAACACGUGGCGCGAAGUGUUCCGGAACCUGACCAAACUGUACCCGACCCAUGCCUGUCGCGAGCACAACCACGUGUUUCCACUGUUGAUUGAGAACUGCGGCUACAGAGAGGACAACAUUCCCCAACUGGAAGAUGUGUCCAACUUCCUGAAGGACUGUACCGGAUUCACGCUCCGUCCGGUUGCUGGACUGCUGUCCUCACGUGACUUCCUGGCUGGACUCGCGUUCCGAGUGUUCCACUCUACCCAGUACAUUCGUCACCCCAGCAAGCCUCUCUACACUCCGGAACCGGACGUUUGCCACGAGCUGCUUGGUCACGCCCCACUCUUUGCCGAUCCGUCCUUUGCCCAGUUCUCCCAGGAGAUCGGAUUGGCAUCGCUCGGUGCUCCGGAUGAGUACGUCGAAAAACUUGCUACCUGCUUCUGGUUCACGGUCGAGUUCGGCCUGUGCCGUCAAAAUGGCGAACUCAAAGCUUACGGCGCGGGUCUGUUGUCCUCGUUCGGCGAGCUCCAGUACUGUCUGUCGGACAAGCCCGAGCUGCGUGACUUUGAGCCGCAGCAAACCGGUGAACAAAAGUACCCCAUCACCGAGUACCAACCGAUCUACUACGUGUCCAACAGCUUCGACGAAGCGAUCCAGAAGAUGGUCCAGUACGCCAACACCAUCCCGCGUCCCUUCGGAGUGCGCUACAACGCGUACACCCAGAGCGUUGAGAUUCUGGACUCGCAGCCGCAGCUCGCCAAUCUGAUGCGCAACAUUCGUGGCGAGUUUGACAUUCUCGAAAAUGCUUUCAAGAAGCUUUAACAAACACACAAUCUUCCUACUGAUAUGUUUAAGUUUUUAUUAUUUUAAACGGGAGCAAGAAAAAAAAUCAUCAAGAAAUAUACGCAAACAAGACUGUUUUCAAA